AUGGAGUCCCAGAGCUUUGAUACGCAGCGACAUCUCGCUAGGGACGUCACGGACAAUUUCAAGAGUAUCUCGAUAAUGAGAUCGGUUGGGAUCGUCUCUGCUGAGUUUUCUCCUUUGUUCGAGGAUCGUUUAUUACUCCGAGAAACGGAGAUUCCUCUCCGCAAAGGUCGUCGUUCAGGGCUGGGUAAGAUUGUUGAAACGGAUCCCGCAACAGCAUUCUUUGCUGACUACAAUGAAGACCUCCUUCAGCAGAACGAAGAGCUUAAAGCCAAAGUUGAUGCUUUGGAAGCUUCCAAAGCAGAAACAGAAGAGAGGCUGUGUAGUACACAAGGAGCUCACCUCUACACAGACUUGAGUCUCUAA